AUGGCCAAGCAUAACUCUGCUAUCUUUUAUGCCUCUUAUGUCACUUUCAUUCUAGCAUGUAUAUUUUCCCUAUCCUAUGAAGCUGUUGCUGAAAAUCCAAAACCUCAUAUUGUGUAUAUGGGUUCACUUCCUAAGAGAGCAUAUUCUCCAACCUCUCAUCAUCUUAGCAUGCUGCAACAAGUUGUUGGUGUAAACAAAUCAACAAAUUCCCUACUAAUUCAUAGUUACAAAAGAAGUUUCAAUGGUUUUGCUGCCAUGCUUACUGAUCAACAAAGGGAAAAACUAAUUCAGAUGGAAGGUGUAAUCUCAGUUUUUCCAAGCAGAACUCUUCAAACUCAUACAACAAGAUCUUGGGACUUCAUGGGAUUUCCUCAGUCAGUCCAAAGAAGGCAAACCAUUGAGAGUGAUACUGUAAUUGGAUUCAUUGACACUGGCAUUUGGCCAGAAUCAGACAGUUUCAAUGAUAAAGGUUUUGGCCCCAUUCCAAAAAAGUGGAAGGGUACUUGUGCAGGUGGCAAGAAAUUCACUUGCAACAAGAAGAUCAUUGGAGCAAGGUUUUAUGUAGAAGAUUCAGCAAGAGAUAAUGAAGGCCAUGGAACCCAUGCAGCAUCAACAGCAGCAGGAAACAAUGUUUAUAAUGCAAGCUUUUAUGGACUUGCAGAAGGUACUGCAAGAGGGGGAGUUCCAUUAGCAAGAGUUGCUAUGUAUAAAGUAUGUUCUGAAAUUGGUUGCAGUGAAGAUAGUAUCUUGGCUGCUUUUGAUGAUGCAAUAGCAGAUGGAGUUGAUAUCAUUUCCAUUUCCUUGGGAGGUGAUGAUCAAUUGAACUUCGAUGAAGAUAGUAUUGCAAUUGGAUCUUUUCAUGCUAUGGGAAAAGGGAUACUUACAGUGAAUUCUGCAGGCAAUGAUGGUCCUGAUCCAAGCACAGUUGUAAGUGUAGCACCAUGGAUACUAACUGUUGCAGCAAGUACAAUAGAUCGUCAAUUCAUUGACAAGGUAGUUCUUGGGAAUGGGAAAACACUAACUGGGAAAUCAAUAAACUCUUUCACAUCAAAUGGUACAAAAUUUCCCAUUGUAACAGAACACAGUACUGUUCAUGUGAAAGGAAAGAUAGUUUUAUGUGAUGUUGGUUCUAGUGAUGAAGGUGCAUAUGAGAACGGUGCAAUUGGUGCAAUACGAGGGACAUGGAGAAGGGGUUAUACAGCUCAUAUUACUCCAUUUCCUUCACUGACAUUGUAUUCAGAUGAGUACAAUCUUGUGAAAUCCUAUACAAAUUCAACAAAAGAUUCAAAAGCUGAAAUACUCAAGAGUGAAGUAAUUGCAGAUCCUAUUGCACCUGAUGUAGCUGAGUUUUCCUCACGUGGUCCAAAUAACAUAGUUUCUGAAAUUUUGAAACCAGAUAUUAGUGCCCCUGGAGUAGAUAUAUUGGCUGCAUUUUCACCAAUUGGUUCACCCUCUACCCUUCCUGGUGAUAAAAGGUCUGUCAAAUAUAACAUACUAUCUGGAACAUCUAUGUCAUGUCCUCAUGUUGCCGGAAUAGCUACAUAUUUGAAAUCUUUUCACUUGGAUUGGUCACCCGCAGCCAUCAAAUCUGCAAUUAUGACUUCAGCACAACCAAUGAAGAGUAAUUCUAAGGAUUAUAUUGGUGAGUAUGCUUAUGGAUCUGGGCAUAUCAAUCCUGUUCAAGCUAUUAAUCCUGGACUUAUUUAUGACAUUGGUAAGGAAGAUUAUAUACAAAUGCUUUGCAACUUGGGAUAUGAUAAUAACAAAAUUAAACAGAUAUCUGGUGAAAAUAGUCCUUGCAUUGGAGCUCCUAAUAGAUCAUUGGUAAGAAAUCUGAAUUAUCCAUCACUUGCGGUGGAUGUUCGGGUGAAUGUAUCUUUCCAUGUUACGUUCAAUAGGACAGUAACAAAUGUUGGGUUGGCUAAUUCGAUUUACAGGGCAACUAUCUUACCAAACCCCACAGUCAACAUUACGGUGGCACCAGAGAUUCUGUCCUUCAAAUCAUUGAAUGAGAAGCAAUCUUUUGUUGUUGCCAUUGUUGGUAAUGAAUUACAUAGUCAAAGUGUGCUCACCUCGUCAUUGACAUGGUCAGAUGGCACCCAUAAUGUACGGAGUCCAAUUGUUGUGAAUGUGUCCUAG